CACAUUUGGCCGGAUUUGUCCUUCAGUACUCGAAGCAUCAUGAGGACUUAUCCAAACACUGAUUCCAAAAAAUAUAUUUCGGGCAGUUGGGGCCCGUUAAUUUCACUCUACCAUGCAUGUCACGCGAUGCACAUCGAGCACCAGUUGAUAUAGCCAAACAUUCACGCUGCCCCGUGCUUUUGGGAGAUCCUCGGGACAGUUUAUCGUCGGCGCUCGCUCUCAACGGAUCAAUCUCGGCCUCGGCGUCGACGGUUUAUGAGAGAAUAAGGUAGUAGGCUUUCAUUGAUAAAUACCUCGUGUUUACGCUCAUUCGUGCCUCCACCGGUGGUCAUUCUGCACAACAUUCGUGCGACUGAAAUUAUAUAUUAUUUUUUCUCUUGUCGGUGAGUAAUGAUAGAAAUACUCCGGUUAAUGACGCGCUUCAAUCACGUCAGGCGAGUGUAACGCACAUUUCAGCUGAUUAAAUGGCAAGUGACGGUGAACAUUCGCGACGGGAAUGGUGUGAAAAGUUACAAAGGGUGAGAGUAUCGUCUCACACUUUCCGGAAGGCUGCGCGAUCGCUCAUUGAUCUGUGAAAAGAGAAAUUAAAGAAAAAAAAAAGUAAACAGUUUCUCCACUCAUCGCUGCACUGAUUUGACCCAACCCCCCCUGGACACUGAGGGUUAACUUCUUGGGAGUCACUCGGAUGAGAUUAAAUUCUUGUUGACGAGGUGACACUGCCAAGAGCCAGUUUUUAUCGUUUAUUUAUUUUUUUUCGAUACGAUUGCAUAGACAGUUUUCCCUCCGCACGAGACAUUCCAACGAAGAGAGACUUCGACGGGGUGCGGACGGGGGGAAGGAAGUGUACGAGGGGUGAGUGUAUGAAGUCAAAACAAAAAUAGAGAGACAAAUAAUAAUCUGCAAGUCAACGCUGGCACUGGGUUCGUGGAAUAACGCGAGGGUUCCCACGGACAUGUGGGCGAUCCAGGAACUACGACAAUAAUCCGGAAAAAGUGAUCCGCUGUGGGUGAAUAGCACUGCCAAGUGGAAAAUUGAAUGAUCCGGGAAUUUGUUAAUGCUGCAUCGAAAUGAGGAUAAAUAGACGAAACGUGGGCACUCGUAUAUGACAGUUGUAAUACAAUAAUUGAGGCGACAGUGGGUGGUAUCAGUGGCAGGUUUUUUCCGAGAUAUCGUCACGCAAAGUUUCUUCAUAACGGUAUCACAUGUGUGCCAUGUGGUGAGUCCUCCAUGUUGACCUGGAAGUGAAAUAAGAAGCUUACUUUGGAACACCGGCAAAAGUUUCGUCGAGAGAGAAAAAAAUCUGUUCAAACAUACCUUAUUUUCUCAUUAUGCAGAAAGAGAUAAGGCGAGUCCUCUACAUCAGAUGCGAAAGUUAAAUAAUGGAAUGCAUACAGGGCGUGAGAAAUAGAUGUCGCUGUGCAAGGGCGCUUGGCAAAACAUCCCCUUGACCAAGAGCAUUGGCAACGUGAAGUGAAAGGUCUCCGAAAAAUCUCAAAGUGAUAAUAAAAACGCUGGCGGAUGAGGGAAAUGCGAUACACGCGAUUUGGCCGGAUAUCCUAAAAGAUUUGUGGGUGAAGAAUCACAAAACGUUCGAGUGGAAAGGGCGGUUGCGUUGAGGAAUAGGGCGGAUGUAUUGUUGUGGAUUGACGGGGUAAAAUAGAGAUAUAAUGUUUAACAAAGAGCGCGAUAAAAACGUCUUACGGAGCCUCGGUAUGUUGACGAGGUAUCGGCGAUACCGCAAGUAUCGAAAGAUCCUCUGAUUGAAAACAUAAAAAAAUCAAUUUUUUAUUGCUAAAAGACAUUAAUGAUUAUUGAUUGAUUUUUCUCUUCCACUGUCGACUGUGAUUUUCCCAUAUACCAUUGAAGCAAGUUCAUGGACAAUAGCUUGCAACGAAUUAACUGAUGAAAAUUUGAUAAGUCUAAUUGACACAAAGGCUGAUUAAUCAAAUAUAUUUACCUCGUUUUUACAUUUUAAGGGAGUAACGAUAUCAUUUCUAUCGGUAUUAACGUCUAAGUCUGUUGUUAGGUUGAAAAAUAUUAACGACAAAAGUGAUUUAAGGCUGUUAAUUGUUUAAUUUAAUGUGAAAGUGAAUAGUCAUUGUUUAUAUUAAAUGUAAAGCAAAUAAUUAGUCAAUGUUUAGAAAAAUGAAAGUAAUAUGGGGAAGGGUGGGAACUCGGUGGCAGUUGUGCUCGGUUGUAAAUGCAAUGGUAAAAGGAAGAAAAGGAGAGAGCCGUAGAUAAGACGGUUGUCUCUCCACCUACAACGGGCUUUUCACCCUAAUGAUGCGGGAUUUAAACGCCAGUGCCUGCAUCGACCCGUACAAUGAUGGAGCGGUCGAUUGGUCGGGAGCUGGAAUUGUUGGGACACUCGUUGUACUUGCCAUUAUCGAUGUCAUGGUUAUACUUGGUAAUGUUCUCGUUAUACUUGCUGUCUAUCGUACAAGCAAGCUGAGAAAUGUCACCAAUAUGUUCAUUGUGAGCCUCGCUGUUGCUGAUCUACUUGUUGGACUUGCUGUACUACCUUUUAGCGCUACUUGGGAGGUUUACAAGGUAUGGAUAUUUGGGAGCAUAUGGUGUUCAGUGUGGUUGGCAGUUGAUGUAUGGAUGUGCACUGCGUCAAUCCUAAACCUCUGUGCAAUCAGUCUCGAUAGAUAUCUCGCGGUCACUCGGCCCGUCAGCUAUCCUCAGAUAAUGUCGCCGAAGAGAGCCAGAUUACUGGUCGCUGCGGUCUGGGUUCUCAGCUUUGUCAUAUGUUUUCCACCGCUUGUAGGAUGGAAGGAUCAAAUGUCCUAUCCAUCGUGGAGUGACGCAGUGCCCGAACGAAAUGGCCCGUUCAACAGCACGACCAUAGAUCUACGGGAAAAAAAGUGCCCGUGGAAGUGCGAGCUCACCAAUGACCCUGGUUACGUCGUGUACAGUGCACUUGGGUCCUUCUACAUACCAAUGCUAGUCAUGAUGUUUUUCUACUGGAGAAUCUACAAAGCCGCAGUGUCCACCACAAAGGCCAUAAAUCAGGGCUUUCGGACGACGAAAGGCUCCAAAAUGUUUGGCACGAGAAACAAUGAGGAAGCUAAAGCCCAGCCCAGUGAUACGAUAAUAUAUGAACUGACCAACAGAUUCGACGAGCAACGACUGACCCUGAGGAUCCAUCGUGGACGUGGUAGUGUUCACAACGGUGCUAACAGCAGCAGUAGCCCACGCAGUCCUGAAUCAAGUCGGAGUGCUUCAGUACGUCGAGACAAAAUCAAGAUAUCAGUCUCGUAUCCCAGCACCGAAACACUCAAUACCAAGUGCAAUACCCUCGAACGUACACCAUCAAAGUGUUCCCAGAUAUCAGUGCAUUACAGCAAUGGCCAGACACUGAAUCAACUCUGCACGACAUCCAGAAAUACUCAUCUUAAGGUUAGUGGAAUUAAUCGCGUGGGAAGCACCAGGAGACCUAGUCGACGCAGUAGUUGCGAGAGUCAAGUAACUGGUGAUGAAGUUUCACUUCGUGAACUAACAAGUACUAGUGAAGAGAAGCCACGUGUAAUGAAGAUGGGCAAGAGGAACAUAAAAGCGCAGGUGAAGAGAUUCCGCAUGGAGACUAAAGCAGCAAAAACCCUGGGAAUAAUAGUCGGUGGUUUCAUACUCUGCUGGUUACCAUUCUUCACAAUAUAUCUAGUACGUGCAUUCUGUCCAAAUUGUAUAAAUCCAACAGUCUUCAGUGUACUCUUCUGGCUUGGUUACUGCAAUUCAGCGAUAAAUCCAUGUAUCUAUGCCCUCUUCAGUAAGGACUUUAGAUUUGCAUUCAAGCGGAUAAUAUGCAAUUGUUUCUGCAAGAGAAACAGAAAUUCAUUGCGUCGUGGAAGUGACGGAAGCCAAUUGGCAACGAGAAACGACAGAAGCCCAAGUUAUUCGAUACGUGUACCACAGCAUGGUGUAUCUGUCGAGGACUCUGAUCCAGAUCCAAACUCCGAUCAUAAUGCGCACUCACAGAGUGACUCUAGGUGACUGUAGCGUAAGCGGAGCCGCGUCUGUAAUCGCGUUCUCUUCGAUCGAAAAACCACAGUCGCGAUUGAGCUCUAGUGAAAGGUUCUAGAGAAAUUUUCCCCAAAAGAAUGUUGCCCUCCCCCCCUCCCCCAAACUGAAAAUUAUGAAAGUUGUCACUCUUCCACAAGAGUGGACACCUCGUGAGACGUUAAUUGAAUUUUUUUGUUUCGAGAAUUCCCUGCUGUUUCACCCUUAAAAUGUACAUCUUCGGUGGGUGAAUCUCUAGUCUACUAUUCCCUCUAUUGAAUUAUAAAAGGGUCUCCCUGAAUUGAAAAUAUAUAUAUAUACACUGGCACGGAGAAGGACGUUCCGAGCGUGAAUAUCUCAUGACGGAGGGAAUCGAAAUUCAUUCCGAGGCCUGUAAAAAUUGCCUCCAAAGUGAGAGAGCAAAGAAAAAAAAAUUGAAUUUCACUCUGACAACAUAAUAUAUCUCCGUGCAGAGUGGUAUUUUCAUCGCGCGCUGUGGAUUUCUGAAUAAAUAAUAAAGACAAGACGAGUGCUUCGUAUCUAAUUCUGUGUCUAUCGAGGGAUACGUCGCUGAUGCCUAUCCGCAUUAAUAUGGAACGUGUUAAGUAUCUUCCCCUUGUACAUAUGAAUGUAUAUACUUCGUUUUAAAAAUCUGUUUGUUUUUUAUUACGCUCCGGUGUUUAUUUGCACUGUAACAUGAGUAUAGAAAAACUGUUAUCUAGGAGUGAGAGAGAAAGAGAGAGAAAAGCAGAGAGAGUGAGAGAGAAAGAGAGCUACGUGUUUCUAUUACGAGAAAAAAGAAAAUAACUGGACAAAUGUAUCCUGCUUUCGCGUACAAUAAUACUCAAUACGUAAAGGAGAAGGGAUGAAUAAAGUAUCACAAAGAUGCGAAAAUAAAAA